GAGUAUCUGACUCCUUGGCUUCAGAAGUGCCUUUUCCCCAUUACCCGAUCCCCACUUUUGUGGACAGUGACACUAUCUUUACUUUCCUUCCAUGCUUCACUUCUUGGCUCUGGAUCCCUAACAUCUGGAGAUACUUUCUGGCAGAGGAAACCUGCCUUUUUUGUCCCAGCUGUGGGUGCUGGGCAUACAUAUGGUUAAUGGCAGCUGUGCUCACAGCUGAGGGAGGAGGGCUGGCGGCGUGCAGUGUCUGCCCCUUUCUUUCCCUUUCUCUCUCUCUCUCUCUCUCUGUUUUUCAGAAAGCGUCUUUCUGCUUGGCGCCUGAGAUCUGAAGACCAGAGGCAGAACUGCUGGGCUCUCCUCUCUGCCUUCUCACGGGGUGGAAGUAUUUAUGUGGAGGGGGAUGCUGUAGAAGUUCAAAGGCAAACACAAGCAGUGGCUGUGGCAGCCUGUCAUCCUGUCCCCAAGGACACAACGCCAUGAAGGGACCAUUGGCAGACAGUACUUUUUGGCUUAUCUGCCUACUAUUCCGGGCUUAUGGAAAUGAGAGAGAGGCAGAAGAGAGGCCUGGAAUGCCCACACGACCACCACUCUGGGAUCAUACUUCCAGAGCUGAAUAUGGAUAUCAGAGACACAGCAAGCAGCCAGGAAGAUCGGAGUGUAUUCGCUGCUGUGAUCCUCCUGCAGUACAUCCCAUGUAUUACCCCUUGCCUCAGAUCAACAUGACCAUCCUGAAAGGUGAGAAAGGGGACCGUGGUGAUCGUGGCCUCCAAGGGAAGUUGGGAAAGGCCGGUUCAGCAGGCAAGAAGGGUGAGAUGGGCUUCAAGGGGCAAAAGGGCAACAUGGGAUCACCAGGAGAGCGAUACAAGACCAACUACGCUGCCUUUUCAGUGGGUCGGCGGAAACCCCUGCAUAGCAAUGAUUACUACCAGAUACUCGUCUUUGACACUGAAUUUGUGAACCUCUAUGGCCACUUCAAUAUGUUUAUGGGCAAGUUCUACUGCUACGUCCCUGGCAUAUAUUUCUUCAGUCUCAAUGUGCACACCUGGAAUCAGAAGGAGACCUACCUUCACAUCAUGCACAACACAAAUGAAGCAGCCAUCUUGUAUGCACAGGCUAGUGACCGAAGCAUCAUGCAGAGCCAGAGCCUAAUGAUGGAGCUGCAGGACCAAGAUGAAAUCUGGGUACGGCUCUUCAAGGGUGAACGUGACAAUGCCGUUUUCAGUGAUGAAUAUGACACUUACGUUACCUUCAGUGGAUAUCUAGUUAAGCCCAGCUCAGAGCCUUGAGGCUGCUAGCAGAUGGACAGUUUGUUACUAGCAGCUUUAGCUUGUCCCAUUUUCUACUGAUUGCUAGCACUACUUGCUGCCAGGAGGCACUCUCUUGCACUGGAAGUACCCAGAGAACUUCAAUCUUGAGGUACUUCAAACUAGGAUCUUUCUUUUGAUAAAUACAACUUUUCUUCUAUAUCAGCCAUACCUGGUCCUCUCCUAAUGUGAUGGACUAGAACUUCCAAGAUGCCAGUAUUGUACAGCUACAAUUCCCAAUCUGGUUAUGAUUGAGACUUUUGGAAGAUGUAAUCCAACACAUCUGGAGGAUCCCAAAUUGGAGAUUCUUGACUUCUGGGCAUUUAUGCCACCUUGAAUUUUAUUGAUCAAACUCUCAUGUCUUCCCAGAUUAUAACAAUGUUUGUCCUGGUAGGCCUGCCAUAACCUGGAAGCCUCUGUACUAGGAUACACAUCCGUUAUCUCUCUGAUUUCUGGUCUUUCCAUUCCCCAGCAUUGAACUUCACGUGUCCUGACAGAAUCCCCUCCCUCACAGCUAUGAAAUUGCACUACCUCUGAUUCAUGCCCAUACUGACCUUAACCUCCAGCAUCCAUUUGUACUCAUUUCCAAACCUUCUCCAGAGUGCUUGACAGCUUGGCUCAGCUGUGCUCCCUGGCGGAUAGUGCUAGAUUUCACUACUGUACUGCUUGUGUUUCUUUACCCCCAUUUCAACAGUCAGAUGAUUCCUUUCUAUGCAUAUGAUUUAAACGCCCUUUUCUGCCAUUGACCUCUGACCUUCAGGCUGUCUCGUUCAUUUAACCUUUGAAGUCUUUGAGUUCUCUCCAAUGCAUCUAAGCCUUCUUCUGUCCCCAAGGACCGACUCUUCUCCUUCCCGGAUAUUUACUACCAUUGCUUAUUGGCUCUAUGCCCUAGUUGGACAUUCUGUUAAUGCCACCUAAUAAUAAAAGCUUAUUAUUAUUCAGUAUAACAUCAGUUGAUAAAAUCACACCUUUUCCUUCAUUUGGAGAUAUGGCCUUGUUAACUGCUCAUUUCAUUCAGAAGCUCCUGUUUAUCCACUUCUGAUGGGAAUGCAUUAAAAAGCAUAACACUAAGGUACUGCUUCCACAAAGCACUACUUCCCUCCUUGUUGCCUCCCUAAUUUUGUGGCAGUAAGUUCUUUUUGCCAUGACAGAAGUAGUGAAAGCCCAGCAUUGCGUUGAAUAGAGGCUUCUUGGUAUCAAAACCCUUUUCGCUGGACAGGGAUGUCUUGUAGCAUUUGCCAUCUCUCUCAGAUAAGAAAACCUUGCCAAAUCUCUAGUACAGGGACCUAAAGAAAAGAAUUCUGGUCUUAG